UUUAAACUUCCUGUUUAUUGAGCAAACAUUUCAAUACAUGUAUUUUAACUGUUCAUAAAGUGUGAUUAUAAGUCAUGUCAAAUUUAAACUUGAGAACAACUUUUGUGGUAAUUGUAGUUUGCAGGAUAUACGCAGGUGCUGAUGGUUCCGUUACCAUAAUUUCAUCAGAAACGACUGUUCCGGAGGGCUCAUCACUAACAUUGACCUGCACGUAUACUGGAAUUGACGAGCUGUUUGCAAUAAGAUGGACGAACAAUGGCAACGGUUCGGGGCGAAAAUACGAUAUAACAAUUAAACAACCUGAACCAUGUACAAUAUUUGGAAAACCUGGUCUCAAUGAAACUCUCUUCACCUACACCUGUCUCACGCUUACUAUUUUGAAUGUGACACGAGAUAAUCAGAACGACAACUUUACAUGCCAGGCUAAUCUUAAUAUAAACAGUGAAAAUAGUGUUAUCGUCAGUGUAUCAGUGGCUGGUAUUACGUUGUCGGGUAAUGGAACAUCCGGUGGUUUUACUGUUGGGGAGAACGCAUCCCUUCAAAUGACAUGUUCCACGUCUAAGGACGUUCAAUAUGUUACCUAUGUAAAAAGAGUGAACGGAUCUCACCAGACAAUAACAGCAGUAGGGUACGGUCCAUCAAGUUGUGCAACAGACCCCGAACCACCGUCAUACCUCAGUUGUUCCUGUGUCAGUAGAAGGGAGUUUGUAUGUGUCAUAAGGAACGUAAAUAGAGCUAUGAACGGGGACAUUUGGUUAUGUACUCUUCCUGGUGCUGGAACAAUCAGCGGCGACAAAACAAUUGUCAUUGAAGUGGCUGGUAUUACGUUGUCGGGUAAUGGAACAUCCGGUGGUUUUACUGUUGGGGAGAACGCAUCCCUUCAAAUGACAUGUUCCACGUCUAAGGACGUUCAAUAUGUUACCUAUGUAAAAAGAGUGAACGGAUCUCACCAGACAAUAACAGCAGUAGGGUACGGUCCAUCAAGUUGUGCAACAGACCCCGAACCACCGUCAUACCUCAGUUGUUCCUGUGUCAGUAGAAGGGAGUUUGUAUGUGUCAUAAGGAACGUAAAUAGAGCUAUGAACGGGGACAUUUGGUUAUGUACUCUUCCUGGUGCUGGAACAAUCAGCGGCGACAAAACAAUUGUCAUUGAAGUGGCUGGUAUUACGUUGUCGGGUAAUGGAACAUCCGGUGGUUUUACUGUUGGGGAGAACGCAUCCCUUCAAAUGACAUGUUCCACGUCUAAGGACGUUCAAUAUGUUACCUAUGUAAAAAGAGUGAACGGAUCUCACCAGACAAUAACAGCAGUAGGGUACGGUCCAUCAAGUUGUGCAACAGACCCCGAACCACCGUCAUACCUCAGUUGUUCCUGUGUCAGUAGAAGGGAGUUUGUAUGUGUCAUAAGGAACGUAAAUAGAGCUAUGAACGGGGACAUUUGGUUAUGUACUCUUCCUGGUGCUGGAACAAUCAGCGGCGACAAAACAAUUGUCAUUGAAGAUGAUACUCAAAAUCCUGAAAUCAGCGCUCCAUCUGUAUUUACCGUCAUUGAAGGACAGGAAUUUAUAAACACAGAAUGCAAGUCCAACUGCUGGCCUGACUGUACUUACCGGUGGAUAAAUAGCUCCAGCAAUACUGUUAUAGCUGCAAAUUUUACAUUGUUUUUCCAUACGGUAACACGAUAUUUUACUGGAAAUUACACAUGCGUGUCUACUAACAAUGCAACAAGAGAUAAGACAGAAUCUAAGAUAUACAUCCUUGUUCAGUAUGCACCUGAUGUCACAGUGAUCGGCAGUAAUGCAACAUCGAUGGACAUUCAAACACAACUUCGAUGCUCAGCACGUGGGAAUCCAGAUAUAUAUACUUACAAAUGGCAGCAAAAAUGGCCCAACUCAAUACUUACCAGGAACUGGACAUUACACGGUUACUCCGUACUUAACCUUACUGAUCUGAGCUACGAGCAUAGCGGACGGUUCACAUGUUUUGCCAGCAAUGGAGUACCUCAUUUUCCAGACAUGAACACAUACCGUUCAUCAUCCACGUUUAUGUUUGUGAAAGAUGUUCCAGUGGUUGUUAGUCCAAAAACUACUAACAGUGGGCCCUAUAUGAUUUUUACAAACUUGAAAGAGACAGUGGAGUUAAACAUUACAGUGUUUUCCAACAAUGGUUUAAUUUCAAUGACCAUUUCCACAAUUCAUGACCAUAAAAAUCUUACUUCGUUUCGGACCAUCGACGAAAUUAUUCAGCUACCUGUUUUUGGAACAACGGUUCCGUCAAAAGGAUAUUUGAUAUCGAUAACUUUUUAUCUAGGAGAUACCAGUGAUUUUACUGCAUACAACGUGGUGUUCACAAACGAGAUUGGAUCCGUUUUCUUUGCUGUUGAAAUUAAACAAAAAGAAACCUCAGAGUCAAGUAUCGGUCCACUUAUCGGAGGAGUAACUGGAGGUGUUUUCGUUGUUGUGGUUCUUGUUGUGAUCAACAUUUAUGCUAGACGUAAUUGUUCGAUGAACUGUCUUCGCAAAAUUAAGUUUAAUACGAAUAUCAAACAAGACGGUUCUACUACAAGGGAUGAAGUGUUUUCCGUGGAAGAAAAUCAUUCUAAUGAACACGUUGGGAUAGCAACGGAACGACCAGAAUACACAGAACUAAAAAAGGAUACUAUUGGACAGGCAAGCGCGUAUGAUGAUUUGACACCACCAGAGGUGAACGGGGAAUACGAAAUUUCAGAUAUCAAACAAGACCGUUUUACGACAAGGGAUGAAGCGUCUUUUGUGGAAGCAAAUCAUUCUAAUGAACAAGUUGGGACAGCAACAGAACGACCAGAAUACACAGAACUAAAACAGGAUACUAUUGGACAGGCAAACACGUAUGAUGAUUUGACACCACCAGAGGGGAACGGGGAAUACGAAAAUACUGUGACCGUUACACAAACUGGCGUUCAUUUCUACAACAACUGAACGUCACACAAAAACAUUAUUGCGCCUUUUGCAAAAGAUGUGGAACGAUCUAAAUGACCUUUUUAAAGGCAUCAGACAGGGUUUCGAACUGUGUUUUGUGCGGUAUUCAAAAUAGUGUUAAAGUGGCUUAAUUUGAACAUCACAGUUUCUACAUAAGGAGCUUAAUGGCCGAUUAACAUUUGGAAAACGAGCAAGUGAACUUAAAAAGGGUCCAAUAUUGUACAUGCCAACAAGGGACUAAACAAUGGACAAAAAAACGAAGACGAUGCUAAAUGUGCAGAAAUACAAUUUAAAUACUUUGCUAAAGGUGUUCAUACAUUUUAGUUUAAAAACAACUUACAAUACAUGAACAGCUUUUAAUUAAAUUUGUGAAACAAAAAACACUAACAUGGUUAUCAAAAAGUGCACCUUAUCAUACAAACGAUGCAUACUAUCUUGUAUGCAUUAUUUUUCAUUUUACACCUAUUAGCCAGUAGAUGGAACAUUAACAUGUCAUUGAUAGUGUGUUUAUAAAGGAGAAUGGCCUAUCAGCAACUUAGCAGAUUAUUGCAACACACAUGUAUGUGUUUUGGGAUUACAUAAACAAAACAUCGGGUUAUAUGUUAAGUUUGUCGACGCCAAUACGAGACCACUUUACAAUUUGGACUUCUUAGCAAACAAGUCAAAAUAAUACGUAAUAACAAUAUCUUCAACGGUGGUUAAAUGCAGAAUAUAUAUUUCUGCUGAUCAUGGUGUAAGUCAGUUCAUAAAUGAAAAGGAAAAACAUGAUUAAUUGUAAUAACACUCUGAAAAUGUGCAAAAUAUGAAAUACGGUCGGGCGAGUUUAAAUAUAUUACGGUCAAGACGUUAGCUGAAUAGGAUGACCGUUUGUUUAAACAAUAUUGUGUUGAGAGAUUUGAAGUUUUACUAGCUGAUAUUAUUUUGCUGAACUUGUAUAUUCUCCGAUUUAGAUAAAGGUGUAUGACUGAUACUAAAUAAAUUUUGA